UUGGAGAGUCUGAACCAAAGUGAGUUAGCAUCGCGGCUAACACUCAACUGUCAGAACUCUUAUGUGGAGCCGCACAAAAUAAAAGAGGUCGCUGUGACCAUCAUAGAUGUGUUUGAUCAGAGCGCUCUGUCACUGGAGGCCAAGGAGGAGAUGUAUAAACUGUACCCUAAUGCGAGGAGAGCUCACCUGAAAACAGGAGGGAACUUCCCCUACCUGUGCAGGAGCGCCGAGGUCAACCUCUACAUACAGAUCCACUUACGUCAGUUUCACGGGACGAGGUACGCCGCCAUCAGUCCGUCUAUGGUGAGCGCAGAGGAGCUGCAGGUGCAGGAGAGCCAGCUUUCUCAGCAUGAGGACGACGACCAAUCAGAGGAUUCCUGCCUGCAAGCUGACCAAUGAGAGGAAAGGAUGUUUCCUCUCCAUCCUUUCAUAGGACGUUCUCCACUUUUCUAUGGAGCGAGUCAACUGAGAAUAUUUUUAUUUAACAGAUGCAGCAAUAUUUUGAUAAUGAAUUGUAUAUAAAUGAUACUCUGCCGCUUUGCUUUAAAAACCUACAAUAAUUUGCCUUACGUGGAAUGAAAAUGAUAAUUGUUGCACUCAUAAACUGCCUGAACUGUUAAUGUCUGUGUAAAAUAAACACUGGGUACCAGCCAGCGGUGAACUGGUCCCCUGUGAGCAGAGAUGGACAGCGUGCUGAUGGACUGAGUUUCCACGGUGUGAGCAGCAGGAGUGUGUUCAACUGCCAAGGCUUCAGCCACUGAAACAUGAUGGUCACUGGAUGAUUUUGAAAUGUGAAGCUUCAGAAAGAUGCACAAUGUUUAUUCAAAUCUGAACUACAGACAUGUUACACUCUUUCUCUGCUCCUGAACACUUGAAAAAAAAUAAAAUGAUGUGCUCUGCAUUUUAUAAGAGAUCAUGUACACAUCCUCUACACACCAUCAAA